AUGGAGAGGGGAAACCAAACCGGCAUCUCAGAAUUCCUCCUCCUGGGACUGUCUGACCGGAUGGAGCAGCAGCAGCUCCUCUUCGUGCUGUUCCUCUGUUUGUACUUGCUCGGGGUUCUGGGGAGCCUGCUCAUCAUCCUGGCUGUCAUCUCUGACCCGCACCUGCACACCCCCAUGUACUUCUUCCUCACCAACCUCUCCCUGGCUGAUGUCUGCUUCCUGUCCACCACGGUCCCCAAGAUGCUGGUCAACAUUCAGACUCACAACAAAUCCAUAUCCUUCGCUGUCUGCUUGGUGCAAAUGUACUUCUUUAUUCUGUUCGGAAGUCUGGACCACUUUCUCCUCACCGGGAUGGCUUAUGACCGCUACGUGGCCAUAUGCCACCCACUUCAUUACACCACCAUGAUGAGCCCACGGCUCUGUGCCCUGAUGGCUGGUGGGUCCUGGCUCAUCAGUUCCCUCCAUUCCCUGACACACACCCUAUUGGUGGUUCGCUUAUCCUUCUGUUCCAAACGUGAAAUUCUUCACUUCUUCUGUGAACUUUACCAGAUCCUAAAGCUUUCCUGCUCUAGCAUCAUCAUCAAUAAAGCAAUGGUGUUUGUCUUUGCAACAGUGAUUGCGUUACCUCCAUUCAUCGGCCUCCUGUUCUCUUACAUUCGCAUCAUCUCCACCAUAUUGAGAAUCCCAUCUGCAGGGGGAAGGUGGAAAGCUUUCAGCACCUGUGGCUCUCACCUGUCCGUGGUCUCCUUAUUCUACAGCACCACUUUUGGGACCUACCUUUUUCCAGCAUCUACCCAAGCAUUCAGUAAGGGCUUGAUAGCAUCUGUGCUGUACACAGUGGUCAUCCCCACAGUGAAUCCCUUCAUCUACAGCCUGAGGAACAAGAACAUGAAAGAGGCCCUGAGAAAUACAUUCAAAAGGAAAAGUGUCUUCCCUUGAGGAUUCUGACUUGCAGCUUUCUGGGCAAUCAAGACCCUGUGACAAUUCUCUGGAACUUUUGAAGUUGAAUGAAACACCCAGGAAGAUGAUGAUGAUGAUG